AUGUCACGUCCUCAAUCGGAAUCCGGAUACGAUAUCAUUCCUCCAUCUACAACACAAAUACCACUGGAUACACCACCUUCAUCGAUACGAUCAACAAACUCAUCUACAAUAAUGGAACGACCCCCAAUACCACAUGCUGCAUCUACACCUGCACCUGCACCAACGAUAACCGCUUCUGAACUAUUGGCUGUACCACCUGCGGCCCUACCUGCACCGUCGAAAUUACAUCGUACGGUUUCAAAUCCAUUUAAACAAAAAUCAAAAUCCACUCCAUUCCCUUCUGCGCCUUCAUCUGGUUCUUCCACUCCUGGUCAACUACCGCCUACUGUUGAACCUGAUGAUAUACCCCAUCGACCACGUUAUCAUUCUACUUUGUCUCGUUCACAAUCGACUGGAUUCGCUGGAAAAUUACAGUCGCUUAGAAAGAAGAUUGAGAGUGAACUUUCGCGAAAACGACCCGGCUCGGGCGCACCUUCUUCCCAAUCAACCGGUAAAAGAAGUACCAGGAAACCUCAAAAAGGUACUGUGGCCGGGCUUCGACCCAGCCCAGCUCUCACCGUUCCAGAGGCAAUGAACGUCGCGGAUGCUUCUCAAUUGUGUGCCGCCAAACGUGCCGAUUGUGUUCUCGUCGUCGAUGACGAAGAAGGCUUAAGCGGUAUCUUUACUGCUAAAGAUUUGGCUUUCAGAGUAACGGCUGAAGGUCUUGAUCCUCGACUUACCACUGUUGCACAAAUCAUGACCAAAAACCCAAUGGUCACUCGAGACACUACAUCUGCUACCGAAGCUUUGCAAUUGAUGGUUAGCAAAGGUUUCAGACACUUGCCGGUUUGUAAUGAGGAUGGGGAUGUUGUCGGUUUACUCGAUAUCACCAAAGUAUUCCACGAGGCUCUCGCCAAAGUCGAGCGAAGUUCAUCGGCUACCUCCCAACUUCACGCCGCUCUGGCUGGAGUUCAAUCAGAACUUGGUCCCGGUCUCUCCACCAAUCCUCAAGCUGCCGCCAUGAUGGCAUACGUUGAUGCGCUCAAAGACCGAAUGGCUCUUCCUGACUUGACCACAGUCAUCGACACAAGACUCUCACCUGCUACCGUUACCCCCCGAACAUCCGUGCGAGAGGCUGCCAAGAUCAUGAAAGAAAGACGAACUACCGCUGUCUGUGUGAUGGAAGUCAACGCUGGUACAUCCGCAAUUUCCGGUGUUAGCGGUGGAAACAAUAUCCCCAAGAUUGCGGGUAUCUUCACUUCUAAAGACAUUGUUCUUAGAGUCAUCGCUGCCGGUCUUGACGCAUCAAGAUGCAGUGUUGUCAGAGUCAUGACUCCGCAUCCUGAUACUGCUCCUCCUAACAUGGUUGUCCAAGAUGCGUUGAAAAAGAUGCAUAAUGGCCACUACCUCAAUCUUCCCGUUGUCGAUGCUGAUGGUCGACUUCUUGGUAUUGUGGAUGUUCUCAAGCUUACUUACGCGACUCUUGAGCAGAUCGAAUCGAUGAACGAAGAUCAGUCAAACAACGAAAGCGGACCCAUGUGGGGUAAAUUCUUUGAAACCCUACCUGGUGCUGGAGGAGACGACGACUCCAUCUCCGUUGUUUCCGCCUCUGAACGACCUGAUACACCUUCUCGACCAACGCACGGACGUGGUCUUUCUUCCAUGACUUCACCCAUCUCCGAAGUUAUGCCCAAUGACUCCGCCUCAGCCGUCGACGACAAUGCUUCUGAGUUUGAGAAACGUGGAGCUGCCUCUUCUGUUGCACCAAAUCCCGUUCCAGUCGACGACGGUACAUACGUGUUCAAAUUCCGAACGCCAUCUGGACGAACUCAUCGAUUCCAAGCACGACAUGAUUCGUACGAAUUACUGCGAGAUAUCGUUGCUGGUAAACUUUUGACCGACCCAUUUUUCACCGCUGAAGGAGCUAAGGAAGGACAAGAAGUUCAUUUACCCGACCCAUCCAAUUUCACACUUCAUUAUACCGACGACGAGGGUGAUUUAGUCACUAUGACAGCCGAUGGCGAUGUCGCAGAUGCAGUUCGAAUUGCUAGAGGACAGAAAUCUGACAGAGUGGUAUUGUUAAUUGAUGGGGGCAAAGUAUGGGAAGAAUUCGCCCGAGAUAUAGGAGGAGAAAAAGCCGUUGAACAACUCAAGGAAGUUGAACAAGAAAUUAAGGGAGUGGAAGAAGCCGAAAAGAAGAUGGAAGAACCAACUGCGGACCCAUCAACGGAGCCCACGUAUGGACAAACAGGUGCUGUUCAUUCAAAAGGACCAAGUCCAGGUACACCAGGAGCAGGACCGGAAUUAAUAGGUGGUGUUCUACCUAAAGAAAUGGCUUUGCCUGCUGCUAUUGGUUUCUUGGGUGUAGUGAUUUUAGGUGUAUUCAUCAUGGGUAGAACUAGUAAAUAG